AAACUGAAAGUUAGGACCUUUCAUUUCCAAUCUCUAAACCCAUUUCUCUACGAUUAGAGAAGCUGACAUCAAAAUUGAAACUUGGGAAAUUUUUGGAUUUGUUCUUCUUCUAUGGCAACUGGUAAAUUUUCUGUUUCUCUAUAACUGAUUUAUGACUUUUUCUGACUUUGUGUGUUCAUUCUUUUACGUUUUCUGUUUGUUUGCCGGGAAACAAAAUGAAGAAGACGAUGGUGAAUUGUCAGCUCGUUACCAGAACACGUUGGAUGCAUUGUCGUCUUUGAUCACAAAACGUGGCCGUUUAGCUAGUAACAACCAAUCUCACCGAUUCCGUUUGCUCUUUCAUUAUCUCAAGGUUACAAAUCACUUAAGCUUUUUUGUGUGUCGUGCCAAAAUUUACGAGGUUUUUGAAAGAUUCAUGAAUCUCUUAAAAGGUUCUUGAGCUUGAAGAUGCAGUUUCACAAAUGAAAAUCAUUCAUGUGGCCGGAACUAAAGGAAAGGUACAGACUUUAAAGUUCCUUGAGAUUAUGCAAUGAAGAUUUUCAAGUUUUGUGAUCGUUUUGAAGGGAUCAACAUGUACAUUUGCGGAGUCUAUUCUUCGUUGUUACGGUCUUCGAACUGGUCUCUUCACAUCUCCUCACUUAAUCGAUGUCCGAGAGAGAUUCCGUCUUAACGGCAUUGAGAUAAGCCAGGAGAAAUUUGUGAACUACUUUUGGUGUUGCUUUCAUAAGCUCAAGGAGAAAACCAGCAAUGAGGUUCCAAUGCCUACUUAUUUCUGCUUCCUUGCUUUAUUAGCUUUCAAGAUUUUCACAACAGAACAGGUUGAUGUUGUUAUACUAGAAGUUGGCUUAGGUGGGAGAUUCGAUGCGACUAAUGUGAUUCAGAAACCUGUCGUCUGUGGUAUUUCUUCUCUAGGGUAUGACCAUAUGGAGAUUCUUGGAUACACACUUGCUGAAAUUGCUGCAGAGAAAGCCGGUAUCUUCAAGAGUGGAGUUCCUGCUUUUACAGUGGCUCAACCUGAUGAAGCAAUGCGUGUACUCAAUGAAAAAGCUUCAAAAUUGGAGGUGAAUCUUCAGGUGGUGGAACCGUUGGACUCAAGCCAGAGACUCGGGCUUCAAGGCGAACAUCAAUAUCUAAACGCUGGUCUUGCUGUUGCGUUGUGCUCUACAUUUCUUAAAGAGAUUGGUAUUGAGGACAAGAAUGGUUUGGAUCAGACAAACGGUUUACCCGAAAAAUUCAUCUCUGGAUUGUCAAAUGCUUAUUUGAUGGGACGAGCUAUGAUAGUGCCUGAUUCAGAACUCCCUGAAGAGAUUGUGUAUUACCUUGAUGGAGCUCAUAGUCCUGAAAGCAUGGAAGCUUGCGCUAUAUGGUUUUCAAAACAGAUCAAACAAAACCAAGAAAGAAACCAGAAAAGAUCAGAGCAGAUACUCUUGUUCAAUUGUAUGUCUGUUCGUGACCCGAGUUUGCUUCUUCCGCGAUUAAGGAGUAAAUGCAUUGAUCAAGGAGUUGAUUUCAAGAGAGCCGUUUUUGUGCCAAACGUAUCAGUGUACAACCAAGUGGGAUCUUCGACAAACGUUGGCACACGUGUCGAGUCGAUGUCGUGGCAGUUCGGUCUUCAGAGGAUUUGGGAGAGUUUAGCUCGAGGUGAAGCAAAAUCUAAUUCAAAAAGUGAUUCUAAAGGCAAAGAAGAAGAGAAGAGUUUCGUUUUCUCGUCACUUCCUGUGGCUGUUGACUGGCUCCGGGACAAUGCUCGCCAAAGUAAACAAGUUCGUUUUCAGGUGUUGGUAACUGGUUCAUUACAUUUGGUGGGUGAUCUCUUGAGAUUUAUCAAGAAAUGAAUAUGUUUCUGCCAUGUAUUCUUGGCCAAUCUUUGCCUGUAAUGACUAUAUAUCUCACAACAUGAUUUAACAAAAGAAAAGAAAAGAUAUUUCGACA